AUGCCUAUGAAAAUGAAGAGAAGUAUUUUAAAUAUCUCGACAACGAAUUCGACUCGCAAUCGAAAGGGCAAGUUCUUGUUUGAUGAAUUAUUCGGCCUUGACAUAAGUAGCAGCUUGGAUGACGAUGAUGCUGUGUCAAGGAAUUGUACAUGCGAAUGCGGUAUAUCCAAUCAGGAGGACCGAAUCGUUGGUGGGCAACCAACAACCCCAAACAAAUAUCCGUGGGUGGCGAGACUCGUAUACGAGGGUCGCUUUCAUUGCGGAGCUAGCCUCGUUAACAAUGAUUACGUUCUUACCGCUGCUCACUGUGUACGUAGAUUAAAACGGUCGAGGAUCCGCGUGAUACUUGGUGAUUACGACCAACAUGUGAAUACCGACGGAAAAGCCAUAAUGAGAGCAGUGAGCGCUAUAAUUCGUCACAGGAACUUCGACAUGAAUUCGUACAAUCACGACGUUGCCUUAUUGAAACUUCGCAAAUCUGUGAAAUUUUCUAAAACUGUCAAACCAGUAUGUUUACCUCAAAAAGGUAGCGAUCCGGCUGGUAAAGAAGGCACCGUGGUAGGCUGGGGGCGGACAUCUGAAGGAGGUGCGCUUGCUGGACAAGUCCAUGAAGUACAAGUGCCGAUAUUAAGUUUAAUACAGUGCCGUAAAAUGAAAUAUCGCGCUAAUCGAAUCACGGAAAACAUGAUCUGUGCUGGUCGAGGCAGUCAGGAUUCUUGUCAAGGAGAUAGUGGCGGACCUUUACUUGUGCACGAAGGCGACAGGCUUGAAAUAGUUGGAAUAGUGUCCUGGGGUGUUGGUUGCGGAAGACCAGGAUAUCCUGGAGUAUACACCAGGGUAACUAGGUACCUGAAUUGGAUCAAUACGAAUAUGAAAGAAGGAUGUAUAUGUACAAAUUAAAAAUGAUCGAACGACCAUCAACAACCAUAAUUGUACAAAGAAUUUGUGAGACUAUCUUCAUAGGAAGCAAUAAUAUUUUAUAGUUCUAUGUAAUUAUUUAUUAAUUUUCAAGCGUGUCUGUUGAGAAUCGUUGUAUUUUUUUUACUAGUAUGGUUUUACUAAUUGAUUAGGUAUAAAAUAGAAAAUUACUUUAAAAUGUAUAUAGUUAUAAGCCUGCCACGUCUUUUGAAUCAUCUUCAAUGUAAUCGUGAUUCUUAUCUUUAAAAAACAUUUUCUAAUAUAAAAGAAUCGUUGCUCAUGUUCCAUUCGUAGCAAGACUAAAGUCACAAAACUAUAAGAAACUGUUACAAACUAGCGACUUAGUGAUUCAGUUAAUUGUUAUUAUCAUAUAAAGUUAUUUUAUACGUGAACGAUAGAUGUUACUACUUUUUUAUACUUUUUAUAUCAUGUACGUAAUGCAUUAAUGAACUGUGACGUUAGAAUAAUCAUUUAAUAGUAACAAAGAAGAGAUAUUUUAAUUUACCGCGCUAAAUAAAAGUAUUUAUUUUAAAAAAACCAA